GCGUGCCCUGGCGGCCGCUCCGGUUCCGGUUCCGUUCCGGUUCCGCUUCCGCUUCCGGGUGCACGGCAGCACCGGGCCGGGCUCCGGGGCCCGUCCGGCGGGGCUGCCAUGGCCGCCACGGCCGGGAGCCGCACGCAGAAGAUCGGGAGCGUGUUCAGCCGGGCGCGGAACCUGGUGCGCACCGGGCUGCUGCGGAAGCCGCUGUGGCUGGACGUGUACGCCGCGUUCCCGCCGCUGCGCGAGCCCGUGUACCGCGUGCCGCGGCCGCGCUACCGGAGCCGGGACCGCAUCGGCGCCGUGUUCUACCGGGAGGACACCGUGCGAGCGAGGUUUUACAAAGUUUAUGGCAAUGGCCCCAAACCUUUCGACCUGACGCAGUUAAACUUCAAAUCCACCUGCCAGAGGUUUGUUGAGAAAUACAACGAGCUGAAGGAAGAAGGGAAAAUCCAAGAGGAGAAAUUGUUUGAAGAGACAGGAAAAGCCCUUUUAGCCAGUGGGAUCCUUUUACAGAGGAGAGGAGUAGAUAAAGCUGCUGCGUCCAGGGAUCCUGCCCUGCAGCCCCAGCUGCAGGCUGUGCUGGAGGAGCUGCAGGAGAAGAGGAAGGACGGGCAGGAGCCGCCACCAGAGCUGGCAGGGACACAGAAGGAGAGUCCCUGUCCCUCCUGACAGCCCUGCUGGCCCUGUCACCUGCAGAGCCACCUCCAGCCCUCUCUGGGGACAUUUCCCCCUGCUGCCCUCCAGGCUUGUCCAUGGCACACAUGCUGUCCUCUGUCCAGCUCCACACUGAUAAAGUCACAGAAAAUCUCAUUUUUUUUAGUGUUCACAACUGUUUUCUGAAAUGGAGUUGGAAAAUAACCGAGUGUAAAAGUGGAAAAUUAAAACGUUUUCUUUAAAAA